UUAUUGUUUUAAAACACAUUACUAUUUCACGUGUACAAAAUACCAUGGCUGCAAUUAACAAUUCAAACUAGGCCCGAAAAGAGUGAAAUUGGCAAGGAAUACGGUAAACAGACACGUGCAAUACUAGUUAACACUUAGAAUUUCAUAAGAAUAAUAAUUACCAAACAUUUGACAAAUUAUUCACGUUGCAUCAAGAAAUAAGAGGAUUAAAUGCAUGGGCGGAAUAACAUUAAGUACAAGAGUAAAAUGGGUGUAUAUAAGUCCCUUUUUGCAGCACACAGCACUCACACUGGGGCAACACCACAUACAACAGAUCACGCUCAUCAUGAUGUUUCAUCUGAUUCUGCUUGCCACAGCUUUGAUUAUACCAAAUACCGAGGGAGUGGAUGUAGAUAAGAUAAAAGCCCUCUAUUCCAAACUCCCUAAGCAUCUUUUAGAGAAGUUGUUUAGUAAUAAGAAAGAAGAUUCCCUCGCAGAUGUCGUAAUGGGAAGAAGUGGCUUCGACAUCCCGAUUCCAGAAGGCUUCUUCGAAAGCCAAUGCCUAGUCAGCAAUCCGCCACCAGACGAUUGCGCAGACAUCUGUUUCAUUAUCCAGACAUCGUGUAUGGAAAAUGCAGGAGCAGUCAUGGUCAGCAUUCAGAGGGAUAUCAAUACGAUUAUGGCUAAAUUGAGUAAUCAGUCAAGAUUCACGAUUGUUACAUAUAGUGAUGAGGCUAGAUCUAUAGGAGGAUGGGUUAAAUAUGACGGUGCGGUUGAUACAGAAAUGAAUGAGACUGGAAGCACGUGUGAUGAUUGCAAAGCUCAGACACACAAAGCUUUACAGAUGUGCCAAGAUAGAUUUCAAGUUCUAGAAGAAAACGAUGCAGACGUGGAAAAACAUUUUCUAAAGAAUAUUAUUAUAUUUACCGAUGGGAUAUCCUUUAAUAGAAAGGGCGAUAUGGGCGCUGCAAAGCAAAGUACAAUCAACAAGGCGUUGAUAAUAAAAGCAACUACUCAAAUCAACAUGCAGGUUGUAAAGAUUAUAACAACACAGCCUGGCGAUGACGUGACGGGAGAUGACGAAUGGGGGGCAUUAGACAUGGAUGCAGGAAGCAAGUUCCAGGAUGUUCUAAAUGUAAACGGCCUUGGAGUUUACGGGGAUCAAGAUGUUGACAUUGGUUUCUUACCAUGCGGAGUGGAAUUAAUAGAGGACCCUGUGUGCUGUACAGCUGAUGUUGUAUUUAUUAUUGACCAAUCCAACAGCAUCAAAAAGAAGGAUAUCCAUACGUUACUCGAAUUUUUCGACGAUUUUGUUAAAAUCCAGGAAAAAAUCCUUGAGCCUGGUUUUAUUGACAGGACCGGUGGUUUACAGAUUGCUUUGAUAACAUAUGGAGGUUCUGUUACUGUUUGGGCCCACUUGGGAGAUUAUGGAAAGGCUGGUCUCAUAAAUGUGAUAAGCAAGAUUCCUAGGAAAACAACCAAAUACACGCAUACCCAUGAAGCAUUGGAUGCUGCUUUGGAAGAAUUACAAACAUACGGUCGGACGACACUGAACUAUGUGAGAAAGAUUGUUGUCAUUGCAACCGAUGGAAGAACUUGGAUGAAAGGUGACAAACAAGCAUACAACGGAAACAAAACAAUAGAUGCAGCGAAACGAAUAAAAGAUUAUGGUGGCGAAAUUUAUUUAGUCGGACUUCCAAAUUACAAAGGUAGAAGUGAUGGUUAUGAAAGAGAGUGGAAAUACAUUGCGACUGAACCAAAGGAUUGUACCAUUGUUAACAUGCAGAAACCUGGAAAGGAUGGACCUUUCACAGACCUUGAAUACGUUGGUCUUCAUCUCACAAAGGAGAUUUGCUACACUGGACCCAAUGUGACAUGUCCCUGGAGAGAUAACCCGUAAUGGAAACACAACAUUUUCGACAGGAAUCAAACUGGACAAGAAAUGGAAACACACGUAUCUGAAGCUAGACAUGAGCAUGAUUAUAUACUGCAUAUUCAAGAAUCUUAAGAUUUACUUAUUAAUGAACUCCUUUCAAGAAAUAAAGGCUGAUAUUCUGAACACAUUACAUAAUAAUAAUGAACCUCCAAUUUAUAGUUAUGAAAAAUGCAUUUAAAUGUGAAGUUUUCUUUGACAUGUCUCUUAAGUCAGUAAAUGCAUUCACAUAUAAGGAAAACAGAUACA